AUGCUUCGACAGCACCAACAUUCUAUCUCCGCUUCCGCUAUGUCCACCUCACAGCAUGGAUCGAUUGCUCAGCAAACAAUAGCUUCGAAUGAUGGUCUUCCGUUGCAUAUUUCUCCACUUUACGGACCCAACUUUCCCCAACAAAAUCCAGUUGCAUCUACUUCUAUCCAACAAAAACAACAAACAUCUGCCAGUUUUGAUCCCCGAAAUUUGGAAAUAAAAACCCAUUCAGUUGAACAAACUUUACUACCUCUUGUUCAACAGAUCUCAACUUUGGUUAAUUUUAAAGAAACUAUUUUGACUGGAGGAAGACCAAAGUCAGAUAGAGCACUUCGAGCAGCUCUUAAAAUUGGAACAGCAGUAGAAGCGGCUGUUGAACGCUUUGUUGCUGUUGGAGAAACUAUUGCAGACGAAAACCCAGAUAUUCAACCAGAGCUUUAUGAUGCUUGUUCUUCUAUUGCCAAUUUGCAUGGUUCAAUGCUGGCAGAACCAAUGCACGAUUCCUCUAAUUUUCCCGUAGAAAAUGGGGGUACUGCAAUAUUCCCAAAUGUUAAUACAACACAAUUAGUUAGAGCUGCUAGGCAGUUACUUUCUUCUGUUACACGUGUUUUACUUUUGGCUGAUCGUGUACUUGUUAAACACAUUCUCCGAGCUGAAGAUAAAAUAGCUUAUUCUCUUACUAAAUUAGAGCAUACUUCUAAUUUUACUGAAUUUGUCCAAAUUUUUACUGAAUUUGGUGGUCAAAUGGUGGAUCUGGCACAUCGUUCUGGUUAUAGACAACAAGAUCUGAAAAGUGAAAAAAGGCAGGCACAAAUGCAAGUUGCUAGAGCACAAUUAGAAAGGCUUACAAUGCUUCUAUUGACAUCCGCUAAAACACUUUUGAGACAUCCUGAUGACCCUGCUGCUAGGCAAUGCCGAGAUGGUGUCUUUCACCAAAUCCGUUCUGCAUUACAAUUAAUAGCCAUAUGUGUAACUGAUGGUGUAAUGGCCUUUGAUGCAAUGUCUGCUUAUUCCUCUCCUUUAGAUGAAUUAUCACUUGCAACGGAUGGACCUUUGGAUAUUGGAAUACAAUUGACAGCUUCAGUUGCGAUUAGACAAUUGUGUGAAAUGUUGGAUAUGUGUCGAAUGAUGUCCUUAAUUGGAGCUGGCGUCCGAGAACGUUUAAUAUCUGCUUUAACCGCCCUUUGCGAAAUGAGCACAGACUUUACUGAUUCUUCGUGGACACCAAAUCAACAAAGAGAACAAAUUUUGGAUCUAUUAGAAGAGUGUAGAUUUGAAAUGGGAAAUUUAGUUAAUCCUCCAACAUCGGAAAUAGGAAAUGAUGAAAGAUUGAGAAAUGAAAGUAUUCAAGUAACUGUUGAAAGAUUGAACAGAAGAUUAAAAGAUUUACGUAAACAAUUACAACUAGUGGCAUUAGAACAGAUAGCUUCAGUAUUUCGUCAAAACGAAGAUCAGACCCUUUUAUCAUCAUUAAAAACUUGUUCAAUCUCUGGUGAUAUAGACGGUGUUGAACGUUUCCUGGAACAAUUUCGUAUACAUUCUGAACAUUUACAAGAAGUUUGUCGUCUUCUUCAUCAUAUUUCGAUUACAGAUGCACUCCAUGUUUUUACUGGACAUGCUGAGAGGAAUCUUCGAUCAUUGGCUCCUUUGGUCAACGAUUUGGCUCGUCUCACAAAGGAAAUAGAUGCGGCAUGUUCCGGUCGUUUAGCAGCUGAAAAACAGGCUUAUAUGUCACUUCCCAGGCCAGGAGUGAGUAAUUUUAUGUGGUGGUCUAAUAACUAUAAUACUCCUGGGAGUAGUCCAUUAUUAUCUUCUUCAACACGUUCAUCUACAACUGCUAAUUUUGCUUCUAAUAAUCUUUUUUGCAGUGGUUUUGUUAAUAAUUUAAAUAGUUGUGUUAGUGUUAGUGGUGGUGUUUGUCCUCAGUUUCAACAAAAUUCUGUUUUGCCUUUUAUGCCUCAACAAAACAAUUCUGAUAAUUCUGGUUUUAUUUCAAAUACAACAACUACUUCGGAAUUAUUUCAAACUUCUAGUGUUGAGAUAAAACCAUCUGAUACACCAAAACCAUCAGAAGAAAUUUAUGAAGAAAAAUCAGAACAAAAUAAAGAAACGAAUAGUUGGAUGUCAAAAAAGGAUGCGAAAGUGAAGAAGAAAAAAGAAAGAAAUUUGUCAUUGGAAUCUUCAAAGAAUCGGCAACUAGAUAAAGAACAUUUUUCACCUAAGAAUGUUAGUCAAGAUGGAAGUUUGGAAGAAUUAAAAAAGAAGAAUAAAAGUGGAAUUAAUUUAAUGAGUAUUUCUGCUAUUUUUAGGAGGAUUAAAGGAGGUAAUGAAGAGGAAACUAAAAAAGCUAAGGAUAAAAAGAAAAAGUUGGGUAUUGAAAAAGAGGUAAAAUCGGAUGGAGAAUAUUUAGAUGCUGGAAAAUAUGAGAAAAAUGAUAUUAAAAUUUUUAAUGACAACGAACGUGUUAAUGAAGAUAAUUUGAAAGAUAUUAAACCUUCUAAAGAAGAAAAUGAAGAUUUUUCAGAAUCAAGUCAAUCGCUUCAAACAGGAAUUGUAAAUAAAGAUGAUCAAAAUAAUCAAGAGAUUGAUGCUAUUGAGGAAGAUACUGCUGAUAAUAAAGAAACUAACAUUAGAUCGCAUUCACCCCUUUAUGCAGAGAUUGUGAAACGCCCAUCGCUUGAAACGCAGGAGAAUGGUGAUAAGGCAGAAAGUAAAGAUGUAGACGCAACAAAAUUAUGUCCAAAUUCAGCAUUUACGCCUUACGAUAAGUUUAUCAACCAACAUCAGGAACAACCGAAAACUUCAACAAUUUCUUCAAAAUCACCACAAAUAUUUGUUUAUACUUCCCCACCAAUUAGAAGACAAAAUUUGGAAAAUAAAAAAGAUUUAAAGAAAUCAAAAUCAGCAAAUGGAAUAGUAAAAUUUAAUCGUACUGGAAUUGGAUUUGAUGAACCUGUAAUUUUAAGACAAUGGGAAGAUUCUGAUACAACAACUACAGCGAGUACACAGUAUUCUUCCAAUACAAGUGGCUAUGUAACUGAAUAUUUACAUAAUUCUGAUCACCAGAAUCUAAUUCAAACAGAAGAAAACAACAUUUAUACUACCGUUAAUAAGAAAAAACCGAUAAUAGCUCCAUUAGCCAAGUGUGAUGAAGUAGAUGAUGAUGAUGAAGAAGAAGAUAUUGAAUAUGAAGAAGAAAAUGAUGUGACAAGUUUAGAAGAAAAUAAUCGGAACAAUAAUAAGAAUAAUUUUGUUGUUCGAAUGAGAGAGAAAAAAGCAGCAAAACUUGAUCCUUCAAAUAAACAUCAAAAUGGCAAUAAUAAAUUCGAGAAAAGAAUUAGCCAAAUUUUAGAAAGUCUGCAAGCUGAGGCAGAAAGUUUAAUUCAAUUACAGAAAAUACAAAAACAACAAGAAAAGCAAUAA